AUGGUUGCAGCGGCGGAGGGUGGCGCCAGGCUGUCGUCGUCGCUGCAAACCGUGACCAUCGUCGUCAUGCUGCAUUCCGGUCAGGCCAGUUUCUGCGUUGACUUCGACGACGACGACGACGUCGAUGACAAACAUGGGUUACGGUGGACAGACCGACAAAUACCGCCGACGGCUGUGUACGAUGACUACGACGACGACAGCGACGACUGUGGCCGCCAAGCGACUGACCGACCUACGUCGAAGGCGGGGACGGCGGUACAUACGAUUAACACCAUUGCGUGA